GACGUCCAGAAGAUCCUGCCUAUAGGAUCUGAGUCGUCAAAGGAGCUGUUCUUUUUCCUCACUUUAAAUCCAGCUGACAAAUGCAGGUGCUAAAACCCGGAAGAGAUUGGGAAUGCAGCAUGAGUGACAGCAACUAUCAAAAGUUCUUGCUUUUUGUAAUUUCCUUAUUUCAGACUCAGUUCUGCUUGGCAGAAAUGAAGCUGGGAAUUUAACUAGCUUUGCUUUUGAAAAUGCCUCCCACUUACUGGUCUUUGAAUUUGACAGAUGGCUUUUUAGAACUGAGGAAUACCAAACAGGAAGACAAGUCAAUGAGAAAAAGACAAGUUUCAGGAUUCAAACUAUGCUAAAAGAUGUUCUCUUUUCAACUUAUGGAAACCCUGCCGUUGAACAAUGUGUCAUUGCUUUUUGUUUUCUUUAUUUUCAAAUGUAUCACAAAGUGAUAUGACUUUUAAACUUCAGACAGCUUAAACCAGUCAAGCAGCAGCAAAAUUAAAGCAAGACAUUUUAUACAAGGAUUGUCAAAGAAAACUAUCUUCGGAGAAGAACAAAGUGGGACAAUGGCAUCAGGAGAGUGCCUCCUGCUAGACCUGGAAAUGGAUAACUUCAUUCUCUACAACAUCUCUGUCAACCAGAGUGCAAAUCUCUCCAUCCUGAGCGAUGACUGGUUCUACCCAGCGUUCCUGUAUGCCAUCCCCACCAUUUAUGGGAUCAUCAUUUUAAUAGGCCUUAUCGGCAAUAUCACUUUGAUUAAGAUCUUCUGUACUGUGAAAUCCAUGAGAAAUGUCCCUAAUUUGUUCAUCUCCAGUUUGGCUUUGGGAGACCUGCUUCUUUUAGUGACUUGUGUGCCCGUGGAUGCCAGCAGGUACCUGGCUGAUGAAUGGCUGUUCGGAAGAAUUGGAUGUAAACUAAUCCCCUUCAUACAACUCACUUCCGUAGGGGUGUCAGUCUUUACUCUCACUGCUCUCUCAGCUGACAGGUAUAAAGCUAUAGUAAGACCAAUGGAGAUCCAAGCAUCCCAUGCACUGAUGAAGAUUUGUGUGAGAGCUGCUAUAAUCUGGAUUGUUUCCAUGUUGCUUGCCAUUCCUGAAGCUGUGUUUUCUGAUUUGCACCCCUUCCAUGACAAAGGCACUAAUAAAACCUUCGUCAGCUGUGCUCCUUACCCACAUUCAGAUGGGCUACAUCCCAAAAUUCAUUCAAUGGCAUCAUUUCUGAUCUUUUAUAUCAUUCCCCUGUCUGUCAUUUCUGUAUAUUACUAUUUCAUUGCUAAAAAUUUGAUCCGGAGCGCUUACAACAUCCCUGUGGAAGGAAAUAUACAUGUGAGGAAACAGAUUGAAUCUCGUAAGCGCCUGGCUAGGACAGUACUGGUCUUUGUGUGCCUCUUUGCCUUCUGCUGGCUUCCCACUCACAUCAUCUAUUUAUACCGGUCCUACCACUACUCGGAGGUGGACACUUCAGUGCUGCAUUUCAUUGCCAGCAUCUGCGCUCGGAUCCUGGCCUUCACUAACUCUUGCGUCAACCCAUUUGCUCUCUACUUGCUCAGCAAGAGCUUUAGAAAACAGUUCAACAACCAGCUGUUCUGCUGCAGAGCUCGCCUCCUCAUCCGCUCUCAGAGCAUGGCCAGGAGCACCACACGAAUGACCUCCCUCAAGAGCACCAACCAUUCCCUGGCUACCUUCAGCCUUAUCAAUGGCAACCAUGUCUGUCACGAAGGCUAUGUCUAAAAUGCAUUGUCAGGAACCAGGCAGGACAUGCCUAGUGUGAAAGGUUGGUUUUAUUCUGUGGGGCUGGGGAGCAGCGCACACACACACACACACACACACACACCUACACAAGGAAAUCUGUUGUGUUCAGAGACCUCAGAGGAGCUUGAAGCAUCCAGCUUUUCACCCUGGGCUGAGGCAUGUCCAGAGCAGCAGAUCAUUAGUACCUGACCACAAGAUCUCCCUGGGAUGGGCUGUGUCCCUUCAAAAUCCACUGCCUUUAAUGAAGGUGAAGAGAGUGCCGUAAGAUCAAAUCCAGUUCGGACCUGGAGUUUCUUCAUCAGUUUCUGCUCAAUCCCAGACUCAGGCAGACUUGCAGCAGUGGUAAAGACCAUACAAGGGGCACAAAAUUUGUCUAAAUGGUUGCAUCUACAAUUCAUGGUAUAAUUUAUUUUGAAGCCAAAAUAAAUCUACUUAAAUAAGGUAAAUAAUUUUACAAAGGAGUUCUAUGUAGGUUAUUUACAGACUUUUCAAGUAUUUAUUAAUGUUCUGAGUACAGUAUUAAUUCACGAUGUAAAAGAUAUCAAGAGUUUACUGGGGUAUGUUGGUGCCCCAUCUGAAAUGAGCGGUAUCUUGCACUGCAUCAAUGUGAAAGCAGUAACAUGUGAAUAAAUGUGAGUUGGAAUAUGUUUACAAUUUUAAAAUGUGUGAGAUUUGCCAUACUGCAGAGGAGACAGCACAGCAUUUUCUAAGCAUCCCUAUUUUACUCUUCCUGUCUUCAAGGUGUGAGAUAAUGGAUGUUUCACCACCUAAGUGGUAAUGCAGAUUUUCAAGGUGAUUGAGCUAAGGGCAAACAAGUAAUAGAAAAUGAAGCACAGAUAUUUUUUCAUGCAGUAGUGCUCUGUAACACUAUAGUUGCUCUGUAAAAGCCAUCAGGAGCACAAGGUCUGAUCUCCAACCAACAACUUUUUCCUUCCAUCUUCAUAGAAAUCUAUGGAGAUAGAGUGACAAAACUGACUAACAGAAUCAGGUCGUCUCUGCUUUUCACUCAAGAAUAGUUCUUUUUCCAGGUAUCAGCUAUUCUGGAAGUAGGAGCACAAUGUCCUGCAGAUAACAAACUCUUGACCUGCGUGGGCUAUAGAACAGGCAAUGAAGUUACACACCUGAUAAAGAAAGCUGCUGCAUAUGAGGCCAAAAAACAGUCAUUGUAGUAGAAUAUUGAGUUUUUAAUGGGCCUCAUCCUCUUCGAUGUUGAUCUUUUUUCUUCCCACGGCAAAAGAAAUACGAAAGCCAGUAAAACCUUGCCGUGGGCAUGCUCUGUGAAAGUAAAAAAAGUCGCGAGUGCACUGUAAUCGUGCCUAACCUUGAAUCUGUGAGUGCCCAGGGAUGCUGGUGGGAACUGCAGUCUCUAGGGACUGCAAAUGGGCUGUUAUGUGGAGGGCAGAGCUCUGAAAACUUUAACUCUUUUUAUCUUUGAGAGCAGCACCCUCCAGAUAGGUUCAACCAGCAGGUAUGUGAGAUGAGGAUGUGGCUACACCACCACGUCGAUCUGGCCUUCC